CGCUCCGACGGUGUCGACGACAUUCGUUCGUCGUCGUCGUCGCCUGAUGUUGCGACAGUGCGGAGCAGCGGGAACCUCCGCCUCCACGUUCUUUUAGUCUUCCGAUACACAAGCACACACACACACCCACCGCGCGUACGCACGGAGCCGAUGGAUACCACACAGGUGCCACACCGUAACACUACUCGUCGUCAGUCUUACUCGUCAUCCGAGUCGAGCAGUUUGGAUGCCGCCGCUCACGCCGCAACUGCGAUCGAGGAUUCACACUCUUCUUCGCCUUUUUGCGGACGAAGAGCUAUGGUGAACAAGCUGUGGUACCGCGAGCUGGCGCGCAAGUGGUUCUCCAGGAAGUUCGAGCCGCCGCACGCGCGCUGCUUCUCGGAGGCGCGCUGCCAGGACAGGCUUCAGCCCUGGUAUCUGGCCUACCGCUGGUUGAUCUGUCUGCUCUGGCUGUCGGUGGUGCUGUGCUCGGUGCUGGAGGUGGGCAGCGUGAAUCCGCUUGGCGCCUGGGAGAAGUGGCCGAUCUACCUGACCAACUGGGACCUGGCGCUGGGACUGACGCAGGCGCUCCUGGGUGCCGCGCUGGCGAGCAAGCGCUGGGUGCUGCAGCGCAAGCCGGACUUCGAUGCCAGCGGCAUGGCCUAUGGCAAGCUGGAGAAGGUGUACUGGUUCCUGUACGUGGUCACCUCGAGCCUAGCCAUCGGCGUAACGGUCACCUACUGGGGCCUCGUGCACGACGCCAAGAUCCACCACGUGGACACGCUCAACAUUCUCAUCCACGUGAGCAACAGCGUGUUCAUGCUGCUCGACUUCUGCGUGGCCGGCGUGCCGUUCGAGCUGCGCUGCUUCUGGUGGUCGCCGCUCGUCGCCAGCUUCUACCUUGCCUUCACUGUCGUCUACUACGUCGCCGGUGGACUGGACAAGAGAGGCACGCACAAGAUCUACAACGUGUUGGACUGGCAGAAGCCCGCCAGGACACUCCUCGUGUGCUUCGGUGGGCUGAGCUUCCUUGUCGUCACGCACUGUCUGCUGUACUUUCUCGCGCGAUUCCGCGAUCGCCGACAGAAGGGCCGCGUCGUCGUCAGUGACAAGGCGGACUUCGAUCGGCGGAAGAGCGACUCGUGCGUGUGAUUCCUGUGCCGCGAUGCGUUUGCGUACACGCGUCUCGUUAUGCAGCCGCGGCGGGGAACAGCCGUCGUACGUACCGGCGAACACUGUCUUUGUUCUCUUUCGCCGCCCAAACCCUUCGAUUCCUCUCUCCGGACAGAUGUUUGUGGUUUGGAAAUUUCGGCUUACAGACGUUAAUGCCAUGGGCAGAACAUUGUAAGGAAACGAGAGGCAUGUAGGUGACGUCUUCCUGGAGCAUCGUAAUUUGUUUAGUGUCCAGUAUUAUAUAUAUAUAUAUAUGUAUAAUGUAUGUUACAUUUGACGACUUCGUUGCAAUGUGGUCUAUGACUAAUUAAUCGAGUAUUGUAAACUGCGUGUAUGUUAAUACAGCGAAUGUGCGUGAUAUAAUACAUUGUCAUGGUCCUUUUUUAUACGCGAAACAUUGUAUGUAAGAGAACAAUCUUUGGGUCGAUUAAUGAUCUCGUUCAGAAAUUUUUAGAGAUUUCCUCUUUGUAACGAGACUUUUACGUAAGUUAUGUAAUAUCUUUACGUCUGUUUUCACUACGCUCGAACGUGUACGUGUACACAUUCCUUGCCUAUGUACGAUUCCAAAGAUAUCAUCUAGGAAGUAAGAUGUUUUUGUAUUUG